AUGGGGCUACUCGACCAGUGUCAAGCACUGUUCAACAGCUCCAGCCUCUACGGGGUGCUGGGCAUCUCCAAAGAGGCGACCGACGCAGAGAUCCGACGCAGCUACUACAAGGUGUCGCUCAGGGUUCACCCAGAUCGUGCUCCCGAAGACCUGCAGGCAACAGAGAAAUUUCAGGUGGAAAAGUGUCAGCUAAAACACCUACUCAAAUCUGCAGUUAGACUAGUUCACCUAGUUAACUGUCUAGAGUUGUAUUUUACUGUACUCACCUGGCCCCUUCCUUUCAGGUGCUGGGUAAGUUAUAUGCCGUGUUGAGUGACAAGGAGCAGAGGGCAGUGUAUGAUGAGCAGGGACUGGUGGAUGAGGAAUCUGACUCACUGCAGCAGGACCGAUGCUGGGAGGAGUACUGGAGGUUGCUGUUCCCUAAGGUAGCCUAACUAUAUAACUAGCUAAAGCUGAUUGACAUCUUUACCAUACACAGUAUUUACUUUUUGGGCCGUCCUGAUUUAACUUUUAUUUUUCAUACCUUACCCAUAAAAUAGUCACUGGACGUAUGUAAUUUUGAGUAAUUUACCUUAAUCAUCAUUACAAGACUGUCAUCAGCAUCACCUAGUACCAUCUCCCUCUGCUUCUUGACUUUCUUUAUCAGCCUGUAUAAUAAAAACCAAGUAUAAUGUCACAAUUAGAAUUUGUUCUAACAACCAUCUCUCUUCUUCAUUAGAUCACAUUGCAGGACAUCCAGGAGUUUGAGAGGAAGUACAAAGGCACGGAGGAGGAGAGGCAGGAUGUGAUGCAGCUUUACCUGCAGCACCAGGGGGACAUGGACGCCAUCAUGGCCUCGGCCCUGUGCUGCACUCAGGAGGACGAGCCCAGGAUCACAGCCCUUAUACAGUCUGCCAUCCAGGCAGGGGAGCUCACCGCCUACCCUGCAUUCACUCAGGAAAGCACCAGGAAGAAGAAAGCACGCAAACAGAAGGUACAGUGUGCUUUAUACAAAUGCUUGUAUACACAUACUCUUCCUCUAUGUUGGUAAUUGUUUUGGUUCACAUUUGUGGGAUAAUACUUUGUUGUUAUUUCCUAAAAGGCUGAUGAAGAAAGACAAGAAGCUGAGGAGAUGCAGAGAGAGAUGGGACUCGAUGACUCUGAUGACAGUCUUGUAAUGAUGUUGAAGGUAAGGUGAAUCACACAACCGAGAUAUUAACUGGUGACUGUUUUAGGGUUUCAGGUAAGGCAUUAAUGGUGUUUAUUUUUGUCUUGUUAACAGCAAAAGCAGAAGUCCAGAGAGCAGAAUUUUAACUCUUUCCUCUCUGACCUGGAAGCCAAAUACUCCAAGAAGGGAGGAAAAGCCAAAGCAGGAGGGAAAGGAAAAAAGUGA